UCGGAAAAAUAGCACAAACGCCACCUACCGUACAAACGAGGGAAAGAUUUUGUUCUCUCUCUUCCUUGUUGUUUCUUUUUGUUUGAAUACGUAAAAAGAAAUGAUUAAACUAAAUACGGCCUAUUUUUUCUUGUAUUAAAAUUAAGUUAUUAAUUCCUCAUAGUAAAGUGCAGUACAAGUAAAGCUGAAUCAUCGUGUGCUAAUUUGUAGUGAAAUGUGGUCGUCGAUGAUAGCGUGAAAACGGGUGCUACAACUGACAGUCGCAACAGAAACGUGCCGUUCCACAAAAAACAAAACUAAUGAAAUUAUGUAAAUAGCAGCUGAACCUAACACUGUGAUCUCUAUUGUAACGCAUCCCAUGUUCAGUACAUUCUUGGUACAUUUUUAGUGCAAUUUUAGUGCAAGUUGUUUAUUGUUUGCGCGUGUCUGUUGUAUUUAUGCGUUGUUGAAAGAGGAAGUGCGGGAAUAUGAGCACAACGAGCGUGCGACCACCGAUGCCCCUGCGGCAGAAAAACUUUGAUCAGAUAUGGGGCGACCUGCAAGAAGGCAUCGAACAAGUAUACAAGAGGCAACACAUGGAAAAGAAGAGAUACAUGGACUUAUACACUCAUGUAUACAAUUACUGUACGUCUGUGCAUCAUCAGGGCGCUGGUAGUGGCUCCAGCGGACGCUCAUUGUCCAGCAACGGAGGCAGGAACAGCUAUGUUAGCAAGAAACAGAGCGGUCAAGUGCAAGGCGGCGCUCAGUUGGUUGGCCUCGAACUGUUCAAGAGGCUCAAAGAGUUCCUCAGGAUCUAUCUCAUUAACCUGCUUCAGAACGGCUCCGAUCUCAUGGGCGAAGAUGUGCUAGCAUUUUACACCAAACAAUGGGAGGAGUAUCAGUUCUCGUCGCGCGUGUUGAACGGCGUGUGCGCGUACCUCAACCGGCAUUGGGUCAAGCGCGAGUGCGAGGAGGGACGCAAGGGUAUAUACGAGAUCUACCAGCUGGCGCUGGUGACGUGGCGCGACAAUCUGUUCCAGCGGCUGAACAAGCAGGUCACCAACGCGGUGCUGAAGCUCAUCGAGAGGGAGCGCAAUGGCGAGACGAUUAACACCAGGCUCGUGUCCGGAGUGAUCAACUGCUACGUGGCCCUGGGUCUGAACGAGGAGGACCCGUCCUCCCGGUGCCAGAACCUGGCCGUGUACAAGGAGACAUUUGAGUGCGUGUUCCUGGAGGACACAGAGCGGUUCUACACAAGGGAGAGCACUGAUUUCUUAAGAUGGAAUCCUGUCACCGAGUAUAUGAUAAAGGCUGAACAACGAUUACAAGAAGAGCAAAGACGUGUGCAGGUGUACUUGCACGAGACAACAAUGGACCGACUCGCCAAGACCUGUGACAGGGUGCUCAUCGAGAAACACCUGGAGAUAUUCCACGCUGAGUUCCAGAAACUGCUUGACGGCGAGAAGAACGCGGACUUGGGUCGCAUGUACAGCCUGGUGGCGCGCAUCCCCGACGGACUGUGCGAGCUGCGGCGCCUGCUCGAGCAGCACAUCCACGCGCAGGGGCUGCAGGCCAUCGACAAGUGCGGCGAGUGCGCGCACACGGAUCCUAAAGUAUACGUGUCGACUAUCUUGGAAGUUCACAAGAAGUACAACGCUCUCGUGUUGGUAGCGUUCAACAAUGACUCAGGCUUCGUCGCGGCACUUGACAAGGCUUGCGGAAGGUUCAUAAACAGUAAUGCAGUGACAAAAGCGGCAAACUCGUCGUCGAAGAGUCCCGAACUGCUCGCCAAGUACUGCGACCUGCUCCUGAAGAAGUCCAGCAAGAACCCAGAGGAGGCAGAACUGGAAGACACGCUCAACCAAGUGAUGGUUGUGUUCAAAUACAUAGAGGACAAGGACGUGUUCCAGAAGUUCUACAGCAAGAUGCUCGCCAAGCGGCUCGUGCAGCACAUGUCCGCCAGCGACGACGCUGAGGCAUCAAUGAUCUCAAAGCUGAAACAAGCGUGCGGUUUCGAAUACACAAGCAAACUCCAAAGGAUGUUCCAAGACAUAGGCGUAUCGAAGGACCUGAACGAGAACUUCCGCAAGCACAUGGCGAACAGCUGCGAGCAGCCCCUACACAUCGACUUCAGCAUCCAGGUGCUCUCAUCCGGCUCGUGGCCCUUCCAACAGUCGUCUUCCUUCCAGCUGCCAACUGAGUUGGAGCGGUCAGUGCACAGGUUCACUACGUUCUACUCGUCGCAGCACUCGGGCCGCAAGCUCAACUGGCUCUACAACAUGAGUAAGGGCGAGCUGCUCACCAACUGCUUCAAAAACAGAUACACGCUGCAGGCGAGCACAUUCCAGAUGGCGGUGCUGCUGCAGUACAACGACAACACCUCCUGGAGCGUGCGUCAGCUGGAACAGCAUACCGGCAUCAAGGGGGACUUCCUCAUACAAGUACUGCAAAUCCUGUUGAAAGCAAAGCUCCUGGUGUGCCAGGAUGACGAGACAGAACUGACAGAGUCAUCAGUCGUUGAACUCUAUUUAGGUUAUAAGAACAAAAAGCUGCGCGUGAACAUAAACAUCCCUCUGAAGACGGAGCUGAAGGUGGAGCAAGAGGCGACGCACAAACACAUCGAGGAGGACAGGAAGAUGCUCAUACAGGCCGCCAUCGUGAGGAUAAUGAAGACGCGCAAGACUCUAAAACACCAGCACCUGGUGGUUGAGGUCCUCAACCAGCUGUCAUCGCGGUUCAAGCCUAGAGUUCCCGUUAUCAAGAAAUGCAUCGACAUACUAAUCGAGAAGGAAUAUCUGGAGCGCACCGAGGGCGAGAAGGACACGUACAGCUAUCUGGCGUGAUCGACCACCGCCACGUUCUCACUGUAAUAAAGAAUAUAUAACAAUAUACGCAACA